AUGCCAGCAAGUGAACUAGCUGCAGCUCAAAGUAGCAUUCGAGAAAGUCGAAGGGCAAUAGAUACCGGAGAACAGGAAACACUGAGAAUACGAGAUGAACUAGCAUCUACUAUGCGAGACAUUCAGCGACUGACUGCGGAGUUGCAUAUGGCUACAAUUGCAACUUUAAAGCUUAAACUUAACCCGAAUCAAUCAGCUACCAAAAUUAAAUCUUUAUACCCUUAUCCAAAUUGUUGUUCACUGCGACAGAAUGCAGAGGGCGACAGAGAAGCGCUGAAGGUACGCGCUGACGGUUAUUUGAGCGAACUCGCCAGACAGGAGCGUUUGUUGGAGGAGAGAGCGCGUGAACGUGAUCUUCUGGCCGAACAAGCCCGUGCUGCUACAGAGGAUGCAGAGGUCUGGCGUGCUCGAUGGACAGAUGCGGAAUCGGCGGCAGCUAACGCGCGUCUCCAAAGCGAUGAAUGUGCAAAUGAGAUUGCUCGGCUGCGAGACACUCUUGAAGGAAAGGAUCGAGAAUUGAUGCAAUGCAAGUCUGCUCUGAGCAAAGCUGAGUUACAGGUACAAAAUCUGGGUCAGAAGAAUACAGAGAGUGGCGAGGCUGCAGGACUAGCUCGAGCGGAGGUAGAAGCUCUUUCCUCUGAGGUUUCACGCCUUCGUGAAGCAUUGGGUCGUGCAGAAGCUGCUCGUGGAGCACUGGAACUAGAGGCUGUCCACGCUCGAGUAGCAGCUGAAGAAGCGCGAGCAAAAGCUGCCGCUGCGGAGGCUGACGCUGCUGUUGCCCACGAGAGUGCCGCCGUGGAACGCGAAAAUGCUCGUAACGCCAAUUUCCUCUUGCAAAGUGCUAAGGAAAAAGAGCGAGAUGUCACUGCUGAGGUGCAGGUGCGUCAACCUUACCAUGGCUACUGUUCUACUGCCACUGUGCAUUAUUUUAAACCAGCACACUCACAUCUUUUAUAA